AUCCAAAAUUAAGAACAAUAGGGCGAUGUCAGAAGUCAAAGAAGUUUAUGAAACAAAAACAGUAGCUGAAGUCGAAGUUAAAGAGGAAAAGCCUUUCGUUGCUGAGGAAACGACUGCACCAGACCAAAUGAUGUUAGGAAAGUAUAUUGGAGCUCAUGUAUCUGCUGCUGGCGGCGUGUUCAAUUCGUUAAUUAAUAUGAAAAACAUAAAUGCUACGAGCUGCGCAUUCUUCGUCAAAUCUCAGAGGAAAUGGACAUCUGCUGAUAUGCCAGAAGAAGUUGCGGAAAAGUUUCGAGAGUUGGCUAUGGAAUAUAAAUUUGAUGCCAAAAAACAUGCUCUUGUUCACGGUAGUUACCUUAUUAAUAUGGCAAAUGCAGAUCAAGAAAAACGUGAGCAAGCAUAUUAUUGUUUCCUCGAUGAUUUAAAACGAUGUGAACGUUUAGGUGUCGGCCAUUAUAAUUUCCAUCCAGGAAGUACUUCCUCUUGUACAAAAGAAGAAGGCAUCAAUAAUUUAGCAGAAUGUAUUAAUCGUGCUCACGAAGCUACAAAAGACGUGGUCAUUGUUACUGAAAACAUGGCAGGGCAAGGAAAUUGCCUUGGAGGAAAUUUUAGUGAUUUUGCAGCGUUGAAAGCAAAGAUUAAAAAUCUGGAUCGCUGGAAAGUGUGUUUGGAUACUUGCCAUUCCUUCGCGGCUGGUUAUGAUUUGCGCACAAAAGAAAGUUAUGAAAAAGUCAUAGAAGAGUUUGACAAAACGGUUGGUGUGCAAUAUAUAGGUGGAUGGCAUUUGAAUGAUUCAAAAGCCCCAUUAAAAAGUAAUCGUGAUUUGCAUGAAAACAUUGGUUUGGGAUUUUUGGGUUUAGAACCAUUCCGAUUAAUUAUGAAUGAUUCCAGGUGGGAUAGAAUUCCCAUGGUCCUUGAGACACCCGCCAAGACACCAGAAACAUGGGAAAAUGAGCUUCUGAUCCUUCGUACACUGGUCGGAAAAUCUGCUGAUGACUCUUAUGUUCUUGGGGAGAGUAAGCGACUAGCUGACAUGGGUGAGACAUCACGGAAAGACCAGUUGAGUAAGUUUGAAAAGAAAGAAGCAAAACAGAGUGAAAAGAAGCGAAAAGAUGAGACGACUACCGCCCAGACAACUAUAAAGACAGUUAAACGAACACGAAAAACGGUACAAGCAUCAGAAUCAUGAUCCAGUACGAAUUUAGGGAUACCAUAUUAGACAUGCUUUGAUAUUGCACUCUUUUUGACUUGGACAUGUAUUAAUCCAGCCGCUCUGACUAUGGCUUGCCAAUUGGCUGCUAUUCAACUGCCAUUACAUUAUCAAAUUUCCAAGCUUCUUUUUGUUCAUUAGGCUUUAUGCAUCGAAUGUAAUGAGCGUUAGUCUAAAAGUCAUUAUUAGUCUUUUAUAAAUACAAAAAAAUUAGUUAGUAAUUUUUAUUUUUUACACAUUUUCUUCCA